UCCAAGAUCACGAUUCUGUUUUCUAGGUGGAGGGGAAAUAGCAAUCGUCACAACAUGUCACGAUCAAUAGCGCGGCCAAUACGGCAGGCGCUGCUUAAGCCCUUGGCCCAACCAUCGCGAAAUGCCUUAAUACCUUGCGUAGGCAUCCGGUCACUAGCAUCUGUAUCUUACCGUGCACCGGGCUCCGAGUCAUCUACGUCCCCCGAAUCCCUCAAAUCUCCCGAAUCACAAUCCGGGCCUCCUCAAUAUGUGAACGAGCUCCCGGACCCUCGGGAAGAGAAUGAAGUCCGACUUCCUAGGGCAGUUCAAGCCCUCUACCUCCAACCGCUACGAAGAGAAGCCGAAUACGGCGUACCCUCGUGCGAUCUACAAUUGCGAUCCUUCAGUAUUCCCAACCUCGAGUUCUUCUGCGACUUUGCGUUGCGAGCCGCAUACUAUCUGAAUCUCCCGGCUUUUGGGCCGGUACCUUUACCCAAGAUCAUAGAGAGAUGGACUGUUCCGAGGAGUCAUUUCAUCUUCAAGAAGUCGCAGGAGAACUUUGAGAGAAUCACGAGGAGGAGAUUGAUCCAGAUCAGAGACGGACAUCCGGAGACGGUGCAGAUCUGGCUGGCUUAUCUGCAGAAGCACGCGUACUAUGGAAUUGGUAUGAAAGCAAACGUCUGGGAGUUUACAGGACUAAAUCCCGGUAAGCAAAUGGAUGAUCAGGCUAAGUCGUUACAAGAGAUUGUGAACCAGAAGAUGGCGCACUUUGGAAGAGACAAGACUCUGGGUACGGUAGAGAAGGUCAAGGAAUUAUUGGCAAGCGAGAGAUUCAAGCACACGGCUUAGAUGUGUUGUCUCUGUCCGCCUGUACAUUGAUGUCAAUAAUUGACCAUUGUAACAUACAAUUGACUGUGUACCAACGCUUUAAUGUCUUCAUGUGCUUCGAAAACCCCUGAUUAUCUAAUAACAUGAAGUAUAACCUUUCCA